GUAACCGAAGUUGGUGAAAUCGGCCCCUACAGUAAGACCUCGCAAUCGAACGGUUAUUAGUGGUUGUUGGUGAUCCUUUUAUUUUGAAAGGUUUAUUUGUCACAAAAUUUUCUUUUCUUACAUCUUUUAUAGAUAAAUUCUACGAUACAGCAAAAUGUAUAUAUAACACAGUGAAACAAUUAUGGAGUGCAAUACAAACAAAGAAAACCUCAACAUAGAUGUGGUUGAAAAAACUGUGAUGGAAGUGGAAUUUGCAGUGGAAAAAUCAAUUAACAAUGACAGUCUGGUUAUUAAUGAUAAUAGUAGCGUAGCAUCGGUGAUAAUAGAAGAAUUGGAUGAAAGUGCUAUUAACUCAAUGGAUAUGGAUAUAAAUGAAUUUGUCGAAGCAAGAGCGUUAGAAAUUAAAGAGGUGGCAGAUGUUAUUCCAAAUUACAGUAUAUUCUCUCCGUCAUGUAAUUCCAACAAGGAUGUUGUAGAUGUGGAAGAUCAGGAUACCACACUAACUGCAGACGAGGAAGAUCAAUUAACAAAACAAUUUUUAAAUGGCGAGUUAACAUUUAGCGAGUAUUCGUCGAGAAUGGAUCAGGAUAUAGAUCAAGAAACGAUAGAAAAUGAUACGUUUAGAAGGACGAUCGGAUUCGAUCGUGUUGCAGUACAAAAGAUUGUGGAACAAAAGUCGUAUAAAGCAAGUAAUGUUCGCCAGAAAAAGAAAAAGCGUGUGUUAUCACCAGUUUUGCAAGGAUUUAUGGGAGAAGCAAAUUUAAGAUUUGCAAAGGGAGAAGUAGAUUUAGCAGCUAAAAUGUGCAUGGAGAUUAUUAGACAAGUACCGAGUGCUCCAGAACCUUAUCAGACUUUAGCUAUGAUAUAUGAAAAUGAUCAGCCAGAAAAAUCAUUGCAGUUUGCUCUAAUCGCUGCACAUCUUAGUCCAAAAGAUGCCGAUCAGUGGAUAAGAUUAGCUAAUUUGUCAUUGGAAAACGGCGACAUAAAGCAAGCAAUAACAUGUUACUCUAAAGCAAUACAAGCCAGUCCAAAAGAUAUAAGUUUAUACGAGACGCGAGCGCAACUUCAAGAACAAAAUGGAGAUAGAAAAGCUUAUCUGCGAGGAUAUACAAGACUGAUACAUCAAUUGGAAACUGAGGAUGGUGAAUACAUAAUGAAAUACGCAAAGAUAUUAGCUAAACGUUAUAUGCAAGAAGAUAACAAUGAACAAGCGUUAGAAGCAGUGGAGACAAUUUUUACUAAAUGUCCUGCUCUUAUUACAUUGGAAGAAGUUAAUAUCAUGACUGAAUUAUUAAUAGCGCUGAAGCAAUUUAAAAAAUGUUUAGAUAUAUUAGUUAAGUACACAAGUAUUCAAAUACGAUAUAGCAAGAAUGAGGAAAGAGAAAAAGAGGUAAAUGCCAACAAGCAAACGAAAUCUGAGAAGGAAGAAGGAUGUAGCAAUGCGAAAGGAAAAGCUACGUCUCCAUUAAGAAUUCAAAAUAGUUAUGAAAUAGAGUCAUGCGAUGUACCGGAUGACGUAGUUGUUGAUUUAAAAGCAAAAUUUCUCAUAACUCUUAUCGAAUUAAAUUACAUUCCUCUCGUCGAGGAAUUGUUACCGAAAUUUUAUAUGCGUGAAAAUCCAGAAAUUUCUGGAGAUCUUUUUUUAGAUGUAGCGGAAGCAUUGAUGGGCAAGAAGGAAUUUCAACGCGCCAUGGUUUUGUUAGAUCCAUUAGUCAAAAGUUCGAAUUUUAGUUUGGCUGCAGUUUGGCUAAGGCACGCGGAAUGUUGGGUUGGCUGCAAUAAUUUUGAUCAAGCCAUAGAAUCUUAUGAAACCGUCCGAAAAUUGUCACCACAACAUUUAGGCGCGAGAUUAGCUUUAGCUAAGCUUUAUAAAAAAUCGGAACAAUACGACAAGGCGAUACAAGUUCUCUACCAAGAUCCUGAAUCCGAUAUUACGUUAGAUUCUGACGUUUUGUAUCAGAGAAUACUACUACUUUUUAAAGUUGGAAGAUAUGAGGAAUACUUUUCUUCGGGAAUGUUACUUUUCUCAAGACAUUGCAUUAAUAUAAGAAGAAAAGUUGAAUUAAAUGCAUUGGCACGUGCAACGGGUGUUCGUCAAAGGCUUGAUAGUCUACAACUUCGUCGUUUAUCAUGCGGGGAAAAAUUGGAAGAUGAAAACGCCCCAACUUUUAACGCUAACGAGAAACCGAGCGAAAAAAAUGAAUUUCUACUUUUCCUACAAAUGUGUAAAUUAGCAUAUAAAUUAAAGAAGUACGGUUUUCUUCAAAGAUUAUGUUUUACUGCUCUGACAUCAAAGAGAUUUAAAACAAGAAACUCUCAUAUUAUCUUUUUAUGUUUAGUCUCUUGCAUUCAUAAUAAGGAUUCUUUCUACGGAUACAAUAUUGUUCGAGAAUUUGUACGUGUUCGUCAAAGAUCGAACACGUGGAACUUGUUAAAUAUAAUUAUUCAAAGAGCUGAAGACUUGAGGCAUAACAGAUUUAUAAUGCGAUUACUUGGAAGAGAUGUGUUUUCAUAUUUGCAUAUCAUGCAUGCAAACAACUGUCUCGUUUCGGGAACCUAUAAAUAUGCUCUAAAUGGUUAUAUGUCUCUUUUUAAAGUAGCACCUGGUGCUUUGUUAGCAUUAUUAAUAGGUGUGACACAAUUGCAAAUGGCGUGCCAAAAGAUGUCAGCUAAGAAGAAUCAGCUUGUUAUUCAAGCAUUAGGUUUCUUCAAGAAAUAUAUGCAAUUACGUGGGAAAGAAGGUCAACAAGAAAGUUAUUACAACUUGGCACGGGCAUUUCAUCAAAUUGGUUUAUUACCGUCUGCGAUUCACUUCUACAAGUUGGUACUAAAAGAAGAUUCAGGAAACUUGGUUAAACAGUAUGCGAAUCUUUUGGACUUAAGAAGAGAAGCGGCAUUUAACUUGCAUCUCAUCUAUCUGCAAUCCGAAAAUCAUCUUCUCGCUAGAAUAAUAAUGGCCACUGAUUUAGAAGCUAAAAUUGAAUUUAUACAAUUAUGCGAGACAUUGGAAGGUAUUGCCAAAACACAUAAAAUUAAGAAAAAGGAGCAAAUUUUGGAAACAUUUAUUGACAAAUGUCGAAAUAUUGGCAAUAAAAUAAAAAUCGAAUAUCCUAAAUCGGAUGUAUCGCUCUAUCCCAUUUUAAGACUGAUCUUACCUCAUCUUGAACGACAGCGUGGGCCGCACAAUUUGAAGCAAACUUCACUGGCAAAGCUUUACAUUGAUGUUUACGGUUUUGCGAAAAAUAGCAAUAAUUAUAAAAAAUUAAUAAAUUAUCGAGAACCCAUGUCGAAUGAAUUGCUAGAUAUGGAAAAUGAUUUUGCUAAUAGAGCUUACUGCGUAUUGGAAAAAAAGUUACCUCGAACUGGCACGGGAUUUACAAUUGCACGAAUCAAUACGUUUCUUGAUGGUAUAUCUGAGAAAAGUGUAAUGAGAAAGAAAAAGGUUGAAACGUUUCGUGUACUUUUCUGUCAGAUUACGGGAUUCGAGAUGAAAUGGGUGACGCGUAUCAUUCUUAAAGAUUUACGACUUGGUAUAAAAACGGAAAGAAUACUACACAUUUAUCAUCCUGAUGCUUAUGAUAAAUUUCUUGUGACGAAUGAUCUGCGUGAGAUUUCUAAUCAGUUAUGUGACCCUAAAAUCAAAUUCAAAUGUAGUAUACAAAUAUUUUCGCAUUUUAAACCGAUGCUAUUAGAGAGAUGCAACAUCGAGAAUAUCAACAAAUUAUUUCGGAGCAAUGAUUUGUACUACGUACAAACAAAAUACGAUGGCGAGAGAUCGCAACUUCAUAUGAAGGAUGGAACAUUUAAAUAUUUCACACGCAGAGGAUAUGAUAUUACAAACAAUCCUGGAUACGGAGAAACUGCAUCUUCGGGUUUCUUAACUGCAGUAUUUAUGCGGCAUUUGAAUCCUAAUUGUCAUUCUUUUAUAUUGGAUGGAGAAUUAAUAGCUUGGCAUAAAGAGAAAAAGAUAUUUGCUACAAAAGGUAUGAAUCUUGAUGUCAAACAUUUGUCGCCGAACAGUCGUCAUCAGCCAUGUUUCGUCGCAUUUGAUAUCAUUCUGCAUAAUAACAUUUUACUUGUCGAUGUACCUUACAAAAACAGACUAAAACUUCUCAGUGAUAUAUUUACCGAAGAGGAAGGUUUAUUGGUCGUAUGUGAGUCUACUUUAAUUUCAAACAGGGAACAAUUGAUAGAGUUAUUCAAUACAUGCCUCCGUAAUAACGAAGAAGGACUUGUUGUAAAGAAUUAUAAUAUGAAAUAUAAACCAAAUGUUCGAGACGGCAACGGUUGUUAUAAGAUUAAAGCAGAGUAUUCCGACAAUUUAGUACAAGACUUAGACCUCAUCAUACUUGGCGGUUAUUAUGGGGAAGGCAAAUAUACAGGAAUAAUUAAAAGCUUUAUGAUGGGUGUUGCUGUUCCAGCGAGCAAUGAAAAAGAAAAUCCAUCACAAUUUGUUUCUGUCGUAUCUGUGAGUACUGGAAUAAAAGAUGAAAUGUUGCAUCAUCUUGAAACAAAACUUGCCCCAUAUUGGAUCAAGGAACAGCCUGAAAAAAUAAUAAGCUCUAAGAGAAAUCAGCCAAAUGUAUGGAUUUAUCCAGAACAUUCUAUAAUUUUAACAAUACGAGCAACCGAGAUGAUACGCAGUAAUGAAUAUCAAACGGGGUAUACCUUACGAUUUCCUAGAGUUGUGAAUGUAAGGACGGAUAAGCCAUGGUACAGUACAUGUACUAUUUCGGAACUCCAGUCGUUAGCCAGAGAUGAAGGAAUGAUCCAAAAGUUAACUAAGCGGGAAGCUACUCUGUAUGAUCUCGAUCAAGUACCAGUCUCUAAAUUACAAAAGAUAGCAGGUCCAAGCAAAUCGAUUACAUGCAAUGUGUACAACGAACAAGUACAACUCACGCGAAUACUAGAUGGAAAAGAAAUUUGCGUGAUUAAUGGUAACGAUGAAUUGCCAAAAGAACAAAUUGAAGAAAUAUUGCAGCAGCAUAGCGCAAAAAUUGUUCAAAAUCCAAAAAAUACAACUUUCUGUGUGAUAGUAGGCAAUGAUAAAACGAUACGAGGAAAGGAAGAAGUGAACCGUAGAAAACAUGAUGUUGUAACUUUAGAUUGGUUUAAACGUAUCACUAAUCUAUCCAACGGAACCUCGUUAGAUGAUUUUUUGCCAUGGGAAUUGUUAUGCUGUCAAGAUAUUACUAAACACCGAGUUGCAGAAAACUAUGAUGAAUACUAUGAUAACUUUACUAUUGAUGCAGAUGAGGAGAGUUUGAAACGUUCAUUUGGCAAGAUAAAACCAAUUAUUUUUAAGAAUGCGGAUAAUCAGUUUGAGAAGGAAAAACAAAUGGACCAGGAAUUGUUUAGGAGUACAUCGCCUUAUUCGCUAUUUCGAAAUAUAAUUGGAUUUUUCGAGAAUCAAUCGUGUUAUGCUAAAUUUAAAUUCCGUUUUAUGUCAGGUACAGUUAAAGACAGCAUUGAUGACUCCGUUACACAUGUCUUUGUAGAAGAUGAAGAAACAAGUACUAUUAUAAAAAACAUGAAAGCACAGCUACAAGAGCAGACAUAUACAAAAAUUAUUAAAUGUAAAUGGAUUGAGGAAUGUUUCCAAAAUUAUCGAUUAUGUGAAAUUACCGAUUACUUGAUUGAUUAUUAGAGACAUAAGUUGCAAUAAAAAAUGUGUAUAAAAACAAAUAUAUCAAGAGUUUUAUAACACGAUGAAAUGUUACAUUUGUAUAUUUUCAAUAGAAAUUUGCGAUAUA